UUCAGGAAUUGCACCAACCGCGCUUUCAAGAAUCGAAGUCAUUGUCGAGGCAAGUGUUUGCUAUUUACAUAUCAUUCGUGGUCACCAGAUCAUCCUUUAUAUGGUUACCCUUUGUAAGGCUUUUUCCCACCUCCACCUGCGCAUUUUCCUUAACGUAUUCAUACACAUCUUGCUAUCGUUGAUCUAAACCUCUAGUUCUCGUCUUUCAGUCCACCCUCGUUUAUCCCCAUCGUUCUUUUACUCUCACCUCGUUUCACGCAAACGAGUCUUGUCUCCAUAUUCCCUCUGAACAGCCCUGCGAGACACCUUCCAACUACUCCUCUCAGACGGAACGGCUACCCGACUCUGGAUCCUAGACAACAAUCUUCUAAUGAAUCACGUUCCGCCGAUAAACGCCGACGGUCACCACAUGUCUAUCUUCAAGAACACCCGAAGACGGCAUCGCAAAUCACGAAACGGUUGCAAGCAAUGCAAAACUGCCCGCGUCAAGUGCGACGAACGAAUCCCGCGAUGUGGCCUUUGUAGCAAAAAGGACACCCAUUGCAGCUAUCUCGACCUCACCCGGGACGAGUUGGAAAUAUUGCAGCGGAGCAAGGUCUACAAAAUCGACUCUGACCGCCAGAUGGACCCACUAGGUCAAACCAUCGCAUCCCUGUUCAUGAAACCCACCCCCAGUGACUAUAUGAAUGAACCUCCCUCCCUUCCGUACUCCGUGUACCAAGGGAGAUCACCUACCGGGCACCCUGGACUGGACUACUUUACCCCGAAUGUGCCGUUCAACCACUUCCAGUCGUCUAUAGGCACCCUGGGCUAUCGAAUGGCCCCACAGCAAUUUCUGCAGCCCCAACGGCCGUCCGCCCAGUGCCAGCCAUCUUCAGAGCUAUCCUCCUCCUCUCUCUCGGCAAACGCUUACGGAAUGGGGCCGCCGCCCCAACACCCCCAGGUGUACGUCCAGUAUGCACAGCCCCAGUACGCUGCUCCCCCGCUAGGAACACAAUACUUGGAGUCGCCUGGCCACUCAGCUUCCACACCAAGCACCCUGCCCAAUCAUUCAACCGGGAGCAGCUACUCUUCAUCCGCCACACCCCAGUACCCGGCCCGGAGCGAUCUGUCCUUCAGCGUAGUUCUGUCCAGCCACCUGUCCCAGUACCCGGCCCGGAGCGACCUGUCCUUCAGUGCGGUUCUGUCCACACCCCUGUCCCUGUACCAGUUCGGUACACCCGGACUUACUGCGAACGACCCCGGGAGCAUUACCAGUGUACUGUACACCAGUGCGUCCUCCAACUCCAGGGAAGGUGACUCGAACUCUGCUUCCGGUUCCUCAACAUCACGCCAUUCAUCGCACAACAUUCGCCUGCGGAUCAAGCACUCGUUGAAGUCGAAGUACCAUCGAACAAAACCACAAUUACACGGAUUUCCGCCUCAAGAAGCUUUAGAUGGUGGGUAUGUAGCGGAAACCAGUGGCCAAGACUGUGGGUCACCUCCGCCGGCCAUUCCCCUUUCUCAGCAACCGCAAUUCAGCUCUUCUGCCCCUGAGAAGGACAAUGUCGCAGGUUUGACUUAUUUGUUGAACAACGAGAAAGACUCCGUAGGUGAAGGAUAUAACGCCCGUGUCCUGUCCAAAAGUGAGCUGUUCUGUGUAGAUACAGCUGUCUUGGGGCCUGACUCAGACGAAGCACGAGGGAGCCAACUCAAGUUUCUCUUAAAUUGAACCUUGAGUUAUAUUGGUGGUGACUAACUUUCACUUCUGUUUUGGUA